CACCCGCGGCAUAUGGAGGUUUCUAGGCUAGGGGUCCAAUCGGAGCUACAGCUGCCAGCCUACGACCCACAUCACAGCUCACCGCAACGCCGGAUCCUUAACCCACUGAGCGAGGCCAGGGAUCAACAGCAACCUCAUGGUUCCUAGUCGGAUUCGUUUCUGUUGCGCCACGAAGGGAACUCCCGAACCUUUCUUGGGGUCCAAAUGAUAAAGUCACCUUACUCCCUUGCCCUCCCGCCCCCAAAAGAGGAAGGCUAACAGAGAAGAUCUAGGCUUCCACUUUAACCUCAAUAUCAUAUUCAAGGUCUUUACUGCUAAGGGGAAGAGCCAUCCCGUUUCUCACAUAUGACUAUACGUGACACACAGUGCCGACCCUCAAAUUUACGCAUCCAGUGCUGCACAGUCACAUAUCUACCGCUAGACACAAAGGUAACAACCUCAGUCAUAAAUUCUUCCCUCCGCACAGUGCCACACAGUUUCCGUUGGGACGCAGUCACAGAAGCACAAUCACAAAACUCCCUAUGCCUGCACACAAAGAGGAACACAUGGUCAUUUAGAAAAAAUUCACACACCUACCACAGGGACACACAGUAUCACACCACGGCGACUCGCUACGUAAAACUCCUCACAUACAUAAACACGGUAUCACACACAGUCACAAAAAAAAGACACAUCACUGAAGCACAGAGUCACACACAACUUCAUAACCGACACUCCCCUCCCCAAACCCGCCCAUUCCGCCUGAACAGACUUAAAACAAGUCUUGAUCCCGGUUCCGCGAGACAGACGUUUCACCUCCAAUCUCCCGCGCAGGGCAUCAGCGGCCGGGCUCAACCACUCGAGACUAAGGCCCGGCUGCCGAAGAGCUCCGCUCAGAGCCGCCGCCGGAGACCGCGGCGCCCUCUGGGAAAUGUAGUUGAGCGCCGCACUCGCGAGGGACAAGAUGGCGCCGGGGGUGAACCCGGCCAAAGAGAUCCGCCCACCACUCCAUUCUUCACCCCUGCUCGCCCCCAACCUCAAACGCGCCCUGGAGCUUGGCGCUCCUGGCAUACCCUGGCACUGUGGCUUCUAGUGGGAAUCACCCCAGCGUGCUUAAAGUGAGCUUAUUGUAUAUAACCCGAGGCAUAUCACUGCCCUCUCCCAGAAGUAGACCUAACACAGGUAGAAUGUUAUUUACCUAAGUCCUGAGGCUCAGCCUAGAGACACUUGUCCCCCGACAAGGGAGACAGUGCCAAAGCUAUGGUGGAGUUGAGAAAGCGCGAAAGACGAUUGGAAUCACUGAAACUUCUGGGAAAUGUAGUCCACAGUCACCAAAGUGGGCGACCGACCAACAUCAUCGGACUCCGCAGGGUAGUGAGCCGGGGCUUGUUGAAGCCCAGGAGACCUCUGGGAGUGCUACCCAGCCCAAGGAGUGCGCAGGCGCAAGCUUUCUGGCUCGCCAUCGUCGUCUUUGUCUGCUGGCCAGUUACUUGUGCAUCCUCAUAGCUAUGCUUUUUUUUAUCAUUCAUGUCCUUUGAGGGUCCUAAGGGCUCAGCCUGAAUUCUGGGAUGCAGCUUUGACCUUCAACAGUAACACCCAAGCCCCAUGUCAGUAUUUUAAAUUUUAAGUCACCAGAUCAAACAAGAAGAGCAAUGGAUGAUUGAGGAAAAAUGUAAAGGAGGUGUUCUCCAGAAAGGGCCUGGGAAAUAUAUAAAGACACAAGAGGAAAGACUUGUGAGUUAAGUCUCACCCUUUUCCGUGAAAAUACAACUAAGGAGAAACUCAGAAAACUUUGGUAGCAGAAAAAUACUUCCUCUGAGCACAGGCAUUGAUUCUUUAAGACUACUACUCUAAAUAUGGGACUCAGUUUAAAAGAAUUUAGAAUGUAAUUUACCCUUAAAUAUGAAAAAAGCUGCCUAAAAAAGAACUGUUAAGAAUAUAAUCAGGAUGCUAUAUUUCAUCCCAGUUUGUUAUCAUCUACUCUCAGGAUAACCAGUGUAAAAAGUCCUUCAUCAUAAAUUCAAUUUUGUUAGAUACUUGAGAAUUACUACUGAAGAGAAAUCAUAUAAAUUUAUUGGAUGUGGAAAAGCUUCAAUCCAUGUCACAUGUCAAGAAAUACUAAGAAAUUCUUGUUGGAGAAAAUAUCUGUGCGUGAUAAGUAUGUUGGAAAGCCUUCAGCCUGAAUCAGAUCUCCUUCAGCGUGAUCAAAUUCAAACUGGGGAGAAACCUUACGAAUGUAAUGAAUGCGGAAAAACAUUUAGCCUGAAGCAAAACAUCACAGAGCAUAAAAAAAUGCAUAAUGGAGAAAAAUCACAUGAAUGUACUGAAUGUGGUAAAGUAUUCUCUCGAGUCUCAUCCCUUACUCUACAUUUGAGAAGUCAUACAGGAAAGAAACCAUAUAAAUGUAAUAAAUGUGGAAAACCCUUUACCCAGAAGGGAAACUUGCUUUCUCAUCAGAAACAUCAUACUGGAGAGAAACCAUAUGAAUGUGGGAAAGCUUCUGUUCAGAUGCCAAGUUUCAUUAAACAGCAGAGAAAUCAUAUUGGAAACAAACCCUAUGCAUGUAAGGAAUGUGGCAAAGCUUUCAGUGGCAAAUCAUAUCUCACUGAGCAUGAGAAAAUUCAUACAGGAGAGAAACCGUUUGAAUGUAAUCAGUGUGGAAGAGCCUUCAGCCAGAAGCAAUACCUUGUUAAACAUCAGAAUAUACAUAGUGGAAAGAAACCCUUUAAAUGUAAUGAGUGUGGAAAAGCCUUUAGCCAGAAGGAAAACCUCAUUAUCCAUCAAAGAAUACAUACUGGAGAGAAACCUUAUGAAUGUAAAGGGUGUGGGAAAGCUUUCAUUCAGAAGUCAAGCCUCAUUAGACACCAGAGAAGUCAUACAGGAGAAAAACCAUAUAUAUGUAAGGAAUGUGGGAAAGCCUUCAGUGGCAAAUCAAAUCUCACCGAGCAUGAGAAAAUUCAUAUUGGAGAGAAACCCUAUAAAUGUAAUGAAUGUGGAACAAUCUUUAGGCAGAAGCAGUACCUCAUUAAACAUCACAAUAUUCACACAGGAGAGAAACCCUAUGAAUGUAAUAAAUGUGGAAAAGCCUUCUCUCGAAUCACAUCACUUAUUGUACAUGUGAGAAUUCAUACGGGUGAUAAGCCUUAUGAAUGUAAAAUAUGUGGGAAAGCCUUCUGUCAAAGCUCAUCUCUUACUGUGCAUAUGAGAAGCCAUACAGGUGAGAAGCCCUAUGGUUGUAAUGAAUGUGGGAAAGCCUUCUCUCAGUUCUCAACUCUUGCUCUGCAUAUGAGAAUUCAUACUGGAGAAAAACCUUAUCAGUGUAAUCAAUGUGGAAAAGCUUUUAGCCAGAAGUCACAUCAUAUUAGACACCAGAGAAUUCAUACUCAUUAAAGCCCUAUGAAUGCCUUGAAUUUAGGAAAACUUUCAAGAGAAUUCAUACUAAACAGUAAAUCAAAAUUCAUUUUACAGUAAAGUGACAUGAACAUGGAAAAUCCUUAAGCAACAACUCAAAACUUAAAAUACAGAAAAUGUAAUAACUAUCAUAGUAUCAUGAAAGCCUAUACCCCAGAACUCCACAACAUGCUGUUCAUGGUGUACUUUUAGGCACAUUCCCAUUAAAGUAAAGAUCCAGUUCGACACUAAUCAACAUGGUUCUGGAAGGCCUACCUGAUGCAUUCAGACAAAGAUAUGAGAGGUAUUAAGAAACAAAAUUGUUGGGGUUUUUUUUGUUAUUUGUUUUGCUACAUGUAUAAUCAUCAAUAUUAUUUGCUCUUGGUGCAGUCAUAGAAAACAAAGAUUGUGACUGUUAUAUCCAGAAAAGUAUGCAUGUCUGUAUGGGGAAUUGGCAGUUGAUAGAGGUGGUAAUCACAAGUUGAUCAGAAAAUCUGGAUGAUUCAAAAAAUGGUCUGAGGGUAAGUGACUUUUCAUAUGAAAAAAUAUUAGAUCUUUGUUGCUUUCAUCUGCUAAAGAAUUUAUAAAAUCCAAAAAUAUUGAAGACUAGACUGCAAAGAGCAAAACUUGGCAAUAUAAGAAUUUUAUAGAAUUUUUUCAAAUAUUGGGGUAGGAAAGAAUUUCUAAAAUCAAUUCUAGAAUAUAUACUUGUAAUAUAUUUACUCUUGAGUAUAUUUACAUAUACCUAAGAAACUGAUAUCAAGUAUAUUUACAUAUACCCAAGAAACUGAUACAUGUAUCCAGGGAGCCAUAUACCUUUAUGGUCAUUACAGCAUGAAUUACAUUAGCAAAAAAUUGGAAACAAAUGUGUGUCACUUUUGAAAGGGGUGAAUAAAAUAUGAUAUAGUCACACUGUAGAUUAUUCUCUAGCAGUUAAGUCUAACAGAUCUAUAUGUAUUAACAAAAAAUCUGAAAAAUCACGUAGAGUGAAAAAAAAUGAAGUAAUGACUAUAUUAUAAUCAUACCUGUGUGAAUUUUAAUUAUCACACCUGUGAAUUUUAAUUAUCACACCUGUGCAAAUUUUAAUCAAAUCAACACUAACCAACACUAGUAUUAAAGCAUUGGUUGUAAAUGAACUUUUUUAUGUAAAGCUAUGAAGAAUGGAUUGGAAGGAUACACACUCAGUUCCCAAAAGUGGUUGUCUCUAGAAAGAAAGGCAGUGGACGGGAAAUGGGGCCAAGCAUGACAAUUGAAAGGAUACUUCAGUUUUAUCUCUCAUUAAAAAGAAAGAUUCCAAGUAAAUAUAACAAAAUGUUAGUUAAUUCUGGGUUUAUUCUCUUGCUUAUGCUAUUUCUUUUAAACUUCUGAAGAUUAAAAAAGAGAUAGAAGUAGGGAAGCUACAUGGAGCACAGGUUAUAAUGGACUUAACAUUCCCAGUUAGAUGCUAAUAUUUUACAGAAGAUAUUUCUAAAAUGAUAUCUCCACUAUAAAAUAUAAAAUCAGAGUUCUCUUGUAGUGUAGGGUAAGCAUCUGGCAUUAUCACUGCAACAGCUCAAGUGACUGCUGUGGUGCAGGUUUGAUCCCUGGCCCAGGAAUUUACACAUGACACAGAUGUGGUCAAAAAAAUAUAUGAGAUAAAAAUUUCAGAUGGGAUUAUAACUUAACAAAUCCAGUUAUUUAAACUUAACUCUCUCAAAUGUCAUAUCACUAAUCUCUGUAUGGUCGCUACUGAGAAGUUAUAAGCAAGAUUUUGCAACAGGUGAUUGAAUCACAUGUAUUUAAGGAUCAUAUUGUUUAAUAAUACAUGCACAGACUUGUUAAUUCUUCAGAAACAUCAGAAAUUGUCAUAGUCCAUAUAACCAAAAUUUGACAUUUUUUAAAUAAGGAAAUGAUGUUACCUUAUUUUUUUUAUAUGCCACUGAGUAAAACAUCAUCUCCUGCAUUUCAGCUUCAAUUUUAAACACAGAGACUAAUUUUUUUCUCUAAUCAGCCAGACACAGUCCCCGCCACCCCACCUCUUGUUUUCUUUCUUUGGGGAAAAUAUUACUGAAAAAGGAGAUCUCAGACCUAAACAGAAUUAUUUUAUUUGAAGCAAAUCUUUUUGAGGAUUUUUAUUUGAUUUCUUUCCCACAGUAACUUGACAUAAGAAAGCAGUUAAUGUUUUUUUUUUAAAUAGUGAUAAUAAUGAGAAUGUAAUAUUUAAACUUUAGGCUACUUUCAAAUAUAUCAAUUUAUUUUAAACUUAAAAUAUUACUGUGCUAAUAUAACUAUAGCACUGCACUGCUUGUUAUUAGCAUUUUUAAAGGUUGGUCUUGAGAUAAGAUUGUAAAUGCCAGGGGUUGAUUUUCUGAGAUAAUAUAUCCAAAUAACAUAUGUAUAUCUACAUGAAUCUAAAUUAUCCUCUCUUUUCUUCCAUUUCUCAUUAAGCAUUCUCUCAUAUUCCUUGAGUGUUAGGCCCUUGUACUAGUGCAGCUUUGAUGUCACCAGAAUCCAGACCAAACUAGUAUUAACUUUUGGUACCUAUGGUUGGCCAUUGCCAAGACCCAGCAACAAGAAUGAUUAUGAUAGACAGAGUAAGAAAAGCAAUUGCUACACAGUAUUGUGAUAUUGUGUACUGUAAAUUGACUCAACCAUGCGUUUACUAAUUCAGCUUGUUGCUAGUUAUUUGCUACUGCAAACCAAUACUAUAGUAGACACCCUUAUAAUUGGCCCUUACAUUUUAGGUAUUUUUGUUUCUGGGGGAUAGAUUUUAGGCAAGAGACUGCUAGAUCAAAGCAUAUGUGCUAUUUUUAAAUUUUAACAGAGGCUAUCAGUUAUUUUCAAAAAGCUUCUCGCCCUGCAAUAGGUGGUAUUAUACUAAAAUUCGUGUUUGUGUGAUGGGUCUGAUAGAUAUAAACCUCACCUGCUUCUAGAUUUUCUUCUUUGUAAAUCUUCAUAAUGUUAGCUUAUUUUCCUUUAGGAUUAUUUAUCUUUUUAUCGGUUUUGAAGACCUCUUUGCAUAUUAGAGAUUAGGAAGUUUAUGGAUUGGUUAUAAAGAUAUUUUAAUCUCUAGACUCUAUAUGGUAUUUCUUAGAUUUUCUUGAAAGUUGUCUAUUGUCUCCUUUUUGCAAUAUGUAAAUAUUUAAUCCAUCUAGAAUUUAAUUUUUUAAUGAGAUAUAUGAGAGUUCAUUUUAUUUUUUUCCAGAUGGGUUGCCAAUUGUACAAGGACAAUUUGUUUAAAAAAAUCCAGCAUCCAGUUUAGCAACCAGUCACACAGCUCUGACAUCUGCAUGUCCACCAGAACCAAUCACAGAUUUGAACUGGCAAUCAAAACAGAGAGAACAGAAUAAGCUUUAACCCAGCAUUAGGUUUAUUAUUAUCGUUGUCCUGACAAGAAAACGUCUUCACAGCAUGUUCAUCAGUCAUGCAACUGCCCAAGCAACUACAGCUUCCAGUGCCUCACUACUGCAUGGGGAGAAAAGGUCACAAUGGGUGUAGUUCAUCUCACCACUGGGAAACAUUAACAUUCUCCUUCAUGACAUUUUACAACAUAGCAGGGCAUCUGCCUGGUUUACCAACAUCACAUGGAGCACACUCGGUUGUAAGAAUGAUAAUCCACUGCCUCUGGUUUCCCAAGACUUGUGAUGCCUUAGUUACACAGGCUGUUAGUGUCUACAUGCCAAUUCAGAGUUGGCAUAUACAUCCAGGUACAGGCUACAAAUGAGAGAAUUACAAUGGUAUUUUCUUCAAGGAAACUGUGAUAGAAAGGCAAGUUUAAAGUCAACUUUCCAGACACGCAUCAGUGGGAAAAGCCUGUUCGUAAUCCUUUACUGAUAACCAUGCAUUUCCGAUUGAACUGAAACUUUUUGUAAUCCUUUAACUGUAUGAUCUUUUUCCUCAUUCAACUUAACGCUGCCUUAUAUUUUGACUUAUACCAAGACCUUAUUUCUAUAUUCUCUUGUUUCAUUAAUCUAUUUUUCUAUUCCUAUACUAACACCAUAUUAAUUGAUAAUAUUAACAUUAGCCUUGUAGAUUCAUACUACAUAAUAAAACAAGUCCCCCACCCCUUCCUGUUUUUCAGUUUUAUUGGUAAUCUAAGUUAAUUUUCUUCAUAAAUGAAGAUAGUUUUCUCAUACUCAAAAUCCCACUGGUAUUCUAACUGGAUUUGCAUUAAAUGUAUACAUUUAUUAUAGGAGAAGUGACAUUUAUGAUACUGUCUUUCUAUCCCAGAACACAGCAUGCCUUUGCAUUUUUUCAAAUUGUGAUUCAUGUUCUUCAGCAUGAGUAUUCUAAACAAAGUAAUUUGUCACCCAUUCCUGCUUAAUACCAUCUUAUUAAAGAAAAUUUUGGA